AUGGCGGAGCACCACAUGAUGCUGGACCUGCAGGCGCGCGGCAUGCACGCCGCGUCGCUGCCGUUCCAACCGCACCACCCCGCCGCCCUCGCGCACGUGCACCCGCACCACCUCCAGCCGCCGCUGCCGCCGCCGCCGCCGCCGCAGGGCCUUCAGCAUCAGCUGUCGCAACACCCGUCGCAACACCCGUCGCAGCACCCGUCGCAGCACCCGUCGCAGCACCCGUCGCAGCAGCACCAUGCGCAGCAACACCGCACACUGCAGCACCAGCCGCAGCAGCAGCAGCAGCAGCAGCAAGGCCUUGGCAUGGGUAUAGCGCAGCCAGGAAUGACUCAGCAUCAAGCGCCACGUCAUCAUCAGCAACACCUCGCGCUCGUGCCACACCCCGGCGGAGCUGACGUGGAGCAGCAUCUGGGGGGGGGAGUGGGGGGCGACCUACCGGUGCGGCUGAACCAGCCGCAGCGUCUGGCGUCGCUCAACCGCUUCCGGGAGAAGCGCAAGGAGCGCAACUUUGACAAGAAGAUCCGCUACAGCGUGCGCAAGGAGGUGGCGCAGAGGAUGUGUCGCAAGAAGGGGCAGUUCGCGUCCAACCGAGGAGGGGGCAGUACCUUCUUUGAGGAUGCGCCGGCCGACGUGGGGGAGAGCGCCGCCCACGACCGCCCGGAUGCCGCCCCUGAAGCCAUCUGCCAGCACUGUGGCACGGGGGAGAAGGCCACCCCCAUGAUGCGCCGCGGGCCACAGGGGCCACGCACGCUCUGCAACGCAUGCGGGCUGAUGUGGGCCAACAAGGGUGUGCUACGGGACCUGAGCAAGGGCCCGCCUGCCAUCCCCGUGCUCUCGGCGCUGCCAUCCGCGCCAGCAGGGGUGCAACCUGGAGCUGCAGGGGCGGCAGCGGCGGCAGGGGUGGCAGGGGCGGCAGCAGGCUCUGCAAUGGCAGCGAUGCAUGGCAUGGCGGCAGGCAUGGGGGCAGGUGUGGGGGCAGGUGUGGGGGCAGGUGCAGAGGCGGAGGCAGAGGCAGGGCCCUGCAAGCACUGUUGCUGUGGCAGCAGACGCCACAGAAGUGGGGUUCCCCGCGCAGCCCGCGCGCCUGCCCGCGCACCACCUGCAGCACCUGCACCACCUGGGCUUGGGCGGUCAGCACGCGGGGGAGGAGGUGGCACAGGAGCAGCAGCAGCAGCAGGAGGGGGGGUGGAGGAGGAGGAGGAUCAGAAGGGCCAGGAGCAGGAGCAGGAGCAGGAGCGGGCGACUCAUGAGCAGCAUUUGUCGGAAGGGGAUGGGCAGGAGCGGCAGGAGGGGGAUGAGGUGGGCGCGCAGGGAGGGGAGGGGCAGAUUGGGGUGAAGAGGAGGCGAGAGGAGGUAGGGGACGGAGCGGACGACACUGAUGGGGAGGAGGGGGGGGUGGGGGGGCGCACUGGGGGCGGUGGGGUGGAGGGCGGGGCGAGAGGGGAUGAGGAAGGGGGAGGGGGGGAGGGGGAGGGUGGAAUGGAGGAGAGUGCGUUUGGCAUGGGAGGGACCGAGAGGGGCCGUGGGGAUGGGCGGGGAGGGGCGGGAGAGUGGGACAGGGAAGGGGAGGGGGAAGGGGCAGGGGAGAGAAGGGAAACAAGGUUAUCAGGAGAAGCAGAGGAGGAUGAGGAGGUGGAGGAGGGGCGGGAGCGGAGGGCAGGAGGCGAAGGGGUGGAGGAAGGGGAGAGAAGCGAGGGCGAGGGAAAGGUGGAUAGUCCGAGCUAA